UGAAGCUAGCAUUGCCUUCCCGCACCACCCAGUUGUUCCAUUUGAUAUAUUUUGUAUAUUUUGAUUUCGAGAUCAGUGCAUAAUACAUCACUAAGAGAUGGCUCUCACUGGUAAUUUGGAGGUUGAAAUCGAGAUCCAAUCACCUGCGAUUGAGUUCUUCAACUUCUUCACCAAGCAACUUUACAAUCUUCCCAACGCCACUGGUAGUGUCCAUCUGGGUGAGAUUCAUGAAGGACCUGACUGGCACGCCAUUGGCUCUGUCAAGCACUGGUCUUAUACUGUUGACGGUAAGGUGGUGACAUGUAAGGAGAAAAUUGAAGCCAUUGAUGAAGAGAACAAAUCCCUGAACGUGGACUUCUCAGGAGGAGACAUUAAGGAUCAGUACAAGAGUUUUAAGUUCGUAAUAAAAGCCACAGACAAGGAAGGAGGGGGUGCUGUUGCAAAGUGGAGCUUCUCUUAUGAGAAGAUCCAUGAAGGAAUCCCAGAGCCAAAAGGCCACGUGGACUUUGUCACCAUCGUUACGAAAGAUGUCGAUGCUUAUCUUCUCAGUUCACAGCAGGGAAAAUGAUGAAUUCGAGCAAACCAGAAAUCCCAAGUACGAGAAUGACGUCGUAAACUAAAGAAUUAAAGUUGUGUGUGCUGUGUUGAGUUCAUGGGUUGCGUGAUGAACUAAAGAAUAAAAUCUGUGCUGUUAAGUAAUUAAUGCAGUGUGUAAUCAUCUGUAUUAUAAGGGUUGGUCUUUGAUGAAUAUGUCGUGAUGUAUUAAAUCUUCAUCUUCUUUUUAUUAGCAGUAACUAAUACUACAAAAGAUGUUGGUGCUCGUCUUCUC